CAAAAACAAUCGGCAUCCCUCAUGCAGUAAAACAGAAAGUGGAGGACCCAAAGCUGAUUUUUUAUAUUUAACACCCUUGUCAUCGACACAGACACCGCCGAAGAAAAACAUGGUUUCUCCGGUAACCGUGGUCAAGAGUGAAGGCCCAAAGCUGGUGCCAUUCUUCAAGGCCACCUGUGUGUACUUUGUGCUGUGGCUGCCCACCUCCAGCCCCUCCUGGUUCAGCGCACUGAUCAAAUGUCUACCCAUCUUCUGCCUCUGGAUGUUCUUACUGGCGCAUGGCUUCAGCUUCCUAGGUGCUAGCUCCAAUGCUCGCAAGAUCUUUGCUGGCCUCGUCUUUUCUGCUCUGGGCGAUGCCUUUCUCAUCUGGCAGGAGCAGGGCUACUUCGUCCACGGCCUUCUGAUGUUUGCCAUCACCCACAUCCUGUACUCCUCGGCCUUCGGGAUGAAGCCCGUUAAUGUGACUGCUGGCCUGGUGGUCACUGCUGUGUCUUCAGUGAGCUACCUGCUGCUGUACCCCUACCUGUCGGGCCCCUUCACCUACCUGGUGGCCGUCUACGUCGGUCUGAUCGGCUUCAUGGGCUGGAGGUCGGUGGCCGGCCUGCAGCUGGCCAACGACCUGUGGACCUGGACCAAGCUGUGCGCCUGCCUUGGCGCCGUGCUCUUCAUGGUCUCCGACCUCACCAUCGCCGUCAAUAAGUUUUGCUUCCCUGUUCCCCAUUCGCGCGCCAUCAUCAUGGCCACGUACUACGCCGCCCAGAUGCUGAUCUCGCUCUCUGUGGUGGAGUGCCAGGACGCAGAGGGGGCCAGGAAGAGUGCGUGAGGUGCCGUGGGGCUGGGAACGUAGCAGCCUCCUCUCCUUCAACCCUGAGUGAUCAUAGACACAUCUCACUGCCAGAUCCCCAGCCCGCAACCAUCAUCUCUGUGUGGCGCUCCCACACGGUUGUUACCAUGACAACAGGUUCAUUAGAUUCUUCACAUAGCUAUCAGCCUCCUGUCCCUCUAGUACUGUCUCACACCUGUCGAAGAUAAAGUAUCUUCAGUCCAUCUUCCAUCCUAGAAUGGCUGUCUCACAAUUUAGUUACCAUGGAGACAAGAGUAGUGUUAUUUACCUGCUUUUAUAUAUAGAGAGUAUUACUUUACUUUUAACUGUUAUGUUUUAAUUUAAGGGGAACAUGUCUCUGGGGACCAUCAAGGAGUGUGUGGGAGAGCGAUUGUGUGUUAGUGCAUUUAUGUGUGUUUGAUUAACACGCCUACCUCGCUUUCCACACAGUCCCAUCACACCAAGUCACCACACUGACCCCCACCACGUCACCACACUGACCCCCACCACGCACAUCUACUUCAUAUGGUCCAAUAACACAAAUUAAAGUAACAAUAGACGACUUUUCCGCAAGCAAUGGCACAAUCAAUAACCUUUAUGCAAUUAAUGCAGUGACUUGGCCAAUAUGACAAAAAGCCUGCCGACUUUUAGCUACUUUUUCAUAGAAAAUAGUUGGCAACGCUGCACAGGAAACUGUAAAUCAAGCCUUAAUUUUCCCAAGGCAGACAGAAUUGCAAUUGAGGGAAAGCGAGGCUGAUGGGAAAUCAUUCUGAAUGCUGGUCGUCAUUGCUCUACAGUCAUCAGAUUGCCCCCCCUUUAAUUCAUAAUGAUAAGUAAAACAACUUGUCUAUUGCCACUUUAACAUCUUAUUUUUGUAUUUGUUUGUGCUGCCUGAAACCUUGUUAAAAAGGGAUUUUUUUUUACUUACCAACUUUCCCUCAUUUUGCUUUGUGUUCUCUUGAAUUAAGGGUGCUAUUCUUAAAAUCAGGAGCGUAUUCACACAUGCUUUCUGAGUCCUGUGCAUUUCAUUUAAAAACAAUUACAAGGCCUUUGUUCACCCCCUUUUUUAAUAUCCUCAACAAACCCACAUCCAGUCUCUUUAUGAUUGAAUUAGGAUGUCAUUGAAUAACAUGUGAAAAAUAGGCAAUGAGGUGGAAAGCUGCGCAAUUUGUUGACUGCAAUAACUGCUGUAUAUUGUAGAUUUAGUGAUCAAGAACCGUGGAGGUUGGUUGUUGAAGCUCGAUUCUUUCUACAGGGAUGUUAUUGAAACUGCAAUAAGUGCAUAUUAUAUAUUAUAGUCACAGCACACCCCUGUACACAUUUGAACAUGCCGUACAGUGCUUCUCCUUCUGGUGUUAAGUCUUUAAGGAGAGUGUUUUUUGGAAACUAGGUGCAUGUUGAAAUGCUCACACACCUGACACCUACGACCCCUGCUGCUUCCGUUAUAGGAGAAGUCCACAGGGUUGUCAAUGCUGGACUAGAUCAGCCGACCCAUGCUGUCAUUGGCCUGAGACCAUGUUAAAAAGACUUAAAAGAAAGGGCCAAGUAACUGGCUGGGAUAUUUUAAUCUAUAACCUUCUGUGUAUAUCUGGGCCUCAGAAAGACACGCACAUAAACAUACACAUUGCCCCAGGGUAGCCUGAGUGAAAAAAUAGGACAUGAGGGUACUGGCUUGUCAUGUGAGGGAACAGUUAUCCCAUUAUUCCCAUUAUUCCCUCUCAAAGGACAUUUCAUCAGAUGUAAUCCCGCAAAUCCACCAUGGCUAACCCCCGGCUGAUGUUUUGUCUUUCAUCUAUCACACACUUCCCGCUCUCACCUUUCAUUUGUUUCACUCUCUGCAACUACUAAACGCCACAAUGAAGUGUCUUACUGAAACAUUGAAGAAGCAUACUGUAACCCCUUCCUCACAUGUCUGCCUAUAUGCAUGUUCGAGUGUGUGUGCAUGUUUGGAAUGUGUGUGUUGCCCUUGACUGUUGAGUGAACAAGAGUGUACAUGUGAUGUGAAGUAGUAGACACUCUAUUGGAUAUAUUUAAUGUAUUCUCACAAGGCUUUUAAACGGUCUUUAUUCCUCACACAUGUUUUACAGCAUCCCCAAAUGUGUUCUCAUUCAAAAAUAACUUAAAGGUACAGUAUAUGGUUACAGUAUAUCAAAACUGUAACUAUAUCUUGUCUUUUAGUUGAAUUUGACCUUAAUAGUAAGCAUUUCCAUCGCUGGACAAGCCUUGUUGUGAUUAUACCCCACCUGUAACCUAAGCUACAUCACUGGCAUUAUGAUUAUUACCACUAACUGAUUGUAUACUUGAAAGAAAUCAAUGUUAUCACAAAUGCACGCCAACAAAUGUAAGUAUUGAUUACAAAAUCAUCAAAAAAAUGGACUUUACAAAUGUGUUUUAUGGUUUGGCGCUCAUGCACUUUAAUGUGAUAUAUUGAGCUGUAUAUAAAACAACCAGCUAUGGAAAAGAAGCAGACCCAUGUUGUGGGUUCCUUUUACUCGGUCAAUGACCCCUGGAGCUGUCAGUAACACACCCUCAUGCGCAACACACACAUCAAAACAUGUUUAUGCAUCACAUCAGCCACCAUGACAGAUCUGCAGGCAGACUGUGGUGUUGACACGCAUCAAGGUUUUUUGAAACAGCUGACCAGGAAACACACUCAGCUCAAGCUUCUAUUCCUAGCAGACCCUUUGCCCAAUAUUUCCUCAAUCUCCUUUUGGCCUGUCGGCAUGCUGGUCAGCAACAUAUUUCUGCCUUGUCAGUCAGACAGGUUUCGUCAGGGUGUCUGUGUGACCAACCUUCUUCAGCCCAGUGUUUUUAUUUGUAGUCCCAGCACUGUUGAAACGCCUCCUCUGCUGUACCCUCUCUUCUCAUCUCAUAUCCAGCCCCCAGCAGAACUUUCUGUCCACAAUUAAUUUCAGCCUUUGUCUGAGUCUCAGCGAGUCUUACUAGCUGAAAUGCAAUUGUCUGCUUUAUGCUGUCAUAAAUCAGGGUUUAAUGGAGUUUAAGCAGAGAUGCUGGUUAUCAUGAUUGACUAUCUAGUAUGCAUCCUGAAUUAAGAGCAUGAGGGAAGAACUUGAUUCAGUCGAGCUGUCUUUGUGGGAGGUUUAUGUAAGCACCACUUUCUUUGUUUUCUGCUACAUAAAGCUCCCUGACUUUAGUUCCAAAUGGCUACAUGCCAGAACACACUGAAGUAUUUCUGAGACUUUUAUGUUAUCCAAACUUGGAAGAUCUCCAAGAGUGUUGAGUUGAGUUGAGUUAUGCAACAAUUCAAAUAUUGAAGCAGUAAGUUGCCAGUUAUUAUGCCCAUAGGCAAAACAGAACCAAAGUUGAAAGCACAAAAUGAACGUUUUUAUUGAGUGGAUCUUAGCAAUAGAGGCUUCUCAUGUAUCAAGCAACCUUUGUUUAGCGGGAGGCAGAGAACCCCCUCGUUGGUGCUGGAGGUCAUUUUGCCCCCCACUUAGGAAGGAGGUCAUUGUUGAGCGAUACCGUAGCUGUAAAUUAAGCGAGGAGGUGAAAUAUGACACACAGGGGAAGACUCCUUCCAUCCGGAUUGUUAGCUGCCAUCCUGUCCCCACAGAUGGCGGCCAGCAGGCGCAUCACUUUACCUCAGCCUGUCAACAGCCCUGUUGUUCUGAUCUUUGUGUGCACUGGCAGACAAAAGGGACCUGAGAGAGCUGUGGGAGGCCUGUGUGUGAGUCAGGAGCCGAAACCAGUAACUGAUGUAGUAAAGAGGCCCCACAGUUUCACUCAGUCCUAUGAAUUUAAAAAAGGCAUUUCUUUGAUUCAAAGUUUUCUCUUUUUCUUUUUGCUGCUGUUUCUCGUGAAUUGAAGCUUUGCUGUUGAAGUGCUGUGUCCAUUAUCGCGCAGCGGCGGUUGACAUUCAAAACAUAGAACCGUGAAGUUUGUUUAUCUUUACACACGCAUGACAACCAGCUUGAAUCCUCCAUGUCGUCCACAGUGAUGACACUACACCACGACUGACAGUCCUCCAACAUCAGUAUAGAUUGAUACUAUUUGUAGUAUGUCAAAUUAAUGCAAUUUCCUUAUGAUAUUCAUCUGAAUCUACUAUGGCCAGAAGAAGUGUUUCAAACAAAACGAUUUUUGUGUACUGUAUCCUCCAAAGUAUAUGCUAUUUUAUUUCCUGUCUUUUCUGUCUUAAAUAGAGACAAUAAAGUUACUGUUUUGAUUGUUUAAGCACAAGAAAGUGACGCAUGAAUCAGCAUUUUUCUUUAAAAGGCAUUAAAGUGUUACAAACUGUUUUGAAGAGUAAAAGCCACAAAUGUUAUAUUUUGUCACCGUGGAAAGAGCUGGAUUUGUUUUCCACAACACAUUUUUUUUUCUUUGAAGGCCCUUUUACAAAGCAUUAUUUGACUUCUUUCUAUGAACAAAUGUUUGUUUUUUUUACCAUAGAAUUGACCUUUGUUGUCCUUGAUUUCACUUUGUGAUUUCUUUCUUUCAUGACCGUAGAGAUGAAAUAGUUUCUUUGCUAUGAAUGUGAAUAUCUAUUGGACAAAUAAAUGCAAUUACAAUGCAACUUCAGCACAA